AUGGCGGUGACACACCAGUCGAUUGCAUCUUGUCGUCGUGUUGACAUCGUGAAUCAUGCUGAUUUCUGGUACCAACUGAUGCAGGAAAGCGUUGUUCGCAAAAUAUCUUCACUACCCGCAAGUGUCAGUGUCGCUACCACCAAAGCAAAGAAAAAGACGCAAACCCUUCUCGAAUUUCAAGAAGGAGGCGACCCAGUUGAAGGGCCUGACGCAGGACAAGCUCUUGGCCCUCCUGACAGUAGCCCGGCUGACGAGAUCGACAAUUGGGUGAACGGUAAGAAGUCAUCUCCGGCUAGAUUCGGUGAGUCAAAUUUCCCGUUGCUCACUGCUGCCGCUGCAACCAAGACGGAGAAGAAGUCGCAGACCCUUAGUCAAAGGUUGACGCAGGGCAAGCUCUUGGCCCUCCCGACUGGACCUCGCCAGCGCAUCGCUGAGUAUUAUUUGAUGCUUAUUUGGUCCGCAGGGAGUAAGAAUCUGGACAAAGCUAUAGCUUCUUCAAGCGAUCAAUACAAAUCAAAUGUUAUCCAUUUUUUUCUGAAUCCUUAUGCGCCUGAAGAAGGGAUUGCCAAGAAGGAAUAUUACUUGAGUAGGUUCAGGUUAAGGGAUCUCAUGGAAAUUCCUUGUUUUUACUUUGUAUAUGAUUUGGUUGUGACAAAACUAUCAGCUCAUGUUCUUGAGUGUAAGAUACUCACUGGGGAUCACGAAGGCGAGAAGGUGUUGAUUCUUAGAAUGACUAUUACUUCUUCCGAUGUCAGAAUUUCUUUCAAAUUUCAGAGGCGACAAUUUCCGAUUAUGGUUUCUUAUGUCAUGACUAUCAACAAGAGCCAAAGACCAAAGACAAUCGUUAUCGCAUGGACUCGCAUGAUUACAGAUUACCAGAUCAUGAAAUCUGUCGCGUUUAUUGGUCACCGGAAAUCGGUAGUACUUCAGUUUGGUAAUGUAAGCUCCAAGUUUUGCUUUGAUUUGAGAGUUGUGGUUGCGGUGGUUUUCGCGUGGCUCGUGGGCCGCUGGAAAUGGCGGUGCGCGGCCGCACGGGGGGAGGAUAUCAGGCGGCUUAUGAUGUUGGCCUCGGAAGAGACAGCUCGGGCUGAGCUUGAAGCAGCCUCGGGCUACAGAAGCUAUGGCUCGGCCCUGGCAGCUGAGCCUGUGGUUGAGGGACCUGUUUCCGGGCCGGGCUCAUAUGUGGGCCGAAAAUUGCAGUAUCAAUGCGAAGUUUGCUUUAGUCCAACCACAACGCGUUGCAAGAAGUGUAAAUCUACUCAUUACUGCUCUAGAAAUUGCCAAGUACUCCACUGGCGGAAAGGCCACAAGGAUGAAUGCCACUCGAUCACUACUCGCCAGAACACUGUUUUGGAUGCUCAUCCUCAUGUUAAGGAAUUUAAGCAAGACAAGAUUGAAAACGGUCUAAAUGGGACUCAUGUAUUGCAUAGUACCAGACCACUUAAACCAUCCUCUGAGAAAUGUGAAUUUUCAAAUCCUACUCCAUGCAUACCUGGUGAGGCUAAUGAAAUUUUUGAUUCCACAAGUGAAGGUGCCUGUGACAAAACUGAAAAUAAUGUAAAAUCAUCCAUUCACCUUUGUGAUGAAAGCCUUUCUUUCACCAUCUCGACUGACUUACCUGCUGCCUCAUAUAUUAAUUCAAAGGGUGGUUAUAAAUAUGAAGCAGGGAAAAAAAAGCUCUUCUCCGAACAACCUAGUUCAGUCAAUCCUGAACAUACCGCAGAUGCUUCCAUUUUCUCAAAUCAGGUUAAGUCUGGUUGUAUUGAAAGAGAUGUAAAGUCAGAAUCUUCGAGUUCGUUGGGCUGCAGUUCCUUCGAUUCCGAGGAACAUCUUUCCGAACCUUCUACACUCUCUGAUUUCUGGGCUGGAGCAAUUGAGAGGAGAAAACCUAACAUCAAUGCAGUUGAGUUUGAUGAUGUUAAAAAGUUAAGUUCCCAGCCCCCAUUUCUACCAUCUUCAACUAAGUUUCAUGCAAAAAAUUUGGGUUCUGGUAUGAAUGGAGUCCAGGGAGUUGGUCCUCAUCCAAAUAAGACCUCCAGGAAGUCAGACACAUUAUCAGAAGUGAGUGAAAAUGGUUUGAAGUCCAAAGAACCAUUAGUUUCGAGUGGCAAAGUGUCUGGCCAAAAUGACAUCACCUAUAGCUCAAAAGAAGAAUCUAAACCGUCCUCUUGUAAUGCUAAGGGCUUACCUGAGGAGAGGUGUCUACCAAGUAAAAACAUCAACAGUACUUGCAACUUGCUGUCUGUGGGACCAAAGGUGGUGGGCCUUGAAGCUGGCGGAGCAAACUAUGUGAGUCCUGUGAAAAGUCAACAUAAUGAUUCUAUGAGAUGUAAAUCUUCUGAAACUCAUUUGCCUUCUGGUGACGUUACCAAGAAGUCCGCUACUGUUACAGAUGCACAAUCAAUGGAAAAUGUCUACACUCGUGAAGAUGAUUCUCGCUCUUUGGCAAGUGGAACUAAUCAUCCAUCUUCGAGGAGAGUUGUGGAUGAGUUCAGGCAUUCUAAUCUUGGCAGGCUUGGCUCUUUUGGUGCUGGGGGUGGGAUUAUUGGGAGAUAUGAGGUGGGCGUGAAGGGCUCGUUUGCAUACGAACUUUUUGUAAAGCUUUACCAUUGGAAUGAGGUUGAGUUACGCCCACGUGGACUCAAAAAUUGUGGGAACAGCUGUUAUGCCAAUGCUGUUCUCCAGUGUUUGGCAUUGACUCCGCCACUCACAGCCUAUUUUCUCCAAGGACUUCAUGGCAUAACUUGUCAUAAUAAGGAAUGGUGCUUCACCUGUGAGAUGGAGGCAUUAGUUAAGAAGGCUAAGGAAGGCAAUUUUCCUUUGUCACCUGCUCGCUUGAUGUCCCAAAUGCAUCAUGGUAGGGAGGAAGACGCUCACGAGUUUCUGAGAUACGCAAUCGAUGUCAUGCAAAUUGUUUGCUUAAAGGAUGCUGGCAUUAAUGCCCCGACCUCUUUAGACGAGGACACCACCUUAUUGGGGUUUACGUUUGGGGGCUACCUCCAGUCAAAGAUAAGAUGCAUGAGGUGCGGGGCCAAAUCCAAGCAGCACGAGAGAAUGAUGGACCUCACACUUGAGAUAGGAGGAGAGAUAGGAUCUCUAGAAGAUGCUCUGCAUCAGUUCACUCGUUCAGAGAUUCUAGAUGGUGAAAACAAGUACCGUUGUGACAGAUGCAAGUCGUAUGAGAAGGCGAAAAAGAGGCUUAGAGUAAUGGAGGCCCCUAAUGUCCUCACCAUUGCUCUUAAGAGAUUUCAGUCGGGUGAAUUUGGGAAAUUGAACAAGUCUGUUAAGUUUCCAGAGGUCUUGAAUUUAGCUCCAUACAUGAGGGGCACGAGUGAUAAGUCCCCAAUUUACCAACUUUAUGGAGCAGUGAUUCACUUAGAUGUCAAGAACGCGACUUUUACUGGUCAUUACAUGUCUUACGUGAAAAAUAAUAAAGGAAGCUGGUUCAAAGCCGAUGACAGUUUGGUGCAAGCUGUGGAGGUUGAGAGGGUUUUAUCCAAAGAUGCAUACAUGCUCUUCUAUGCAAGGUGCUCCCCACGUGCCCCAAGACUAAUAAGAAGCUUCAUGGAUCCCCGGAAAUCAAAACAGACAACCAAUAAGCUCGAAUUCCACCCAACCGAGCCAUGGAGAGAUGUCUCCCUAUCUAAACUAAGCCACCACCACCGGGCUUUGCACAUCCAGACGGGCUCAGAAGAUGAAAACCUAACCGAACACUCCGCUUUGCACAUCCAGACGGGCUCAGAAGAUGAAAACCUAACCGAACACUCCUCCUUCUUCUCCGACACAGUGUCCCGCAGCAGCUGCUCAACAAGCACUGCCGAUUCUUUUUCUGGGAUGAAUUCUCCCUCUUCUUCAUCAUCCCUCUCGUCCCCAGUUCGUGUGAGGCAUUCCUUGUUGGCUGAUUUGGACCGCUACUCUUCAGAUGCGGGCUGUUCUAAAAUCAAUGGGGACGGGUUCACUUGUAGGAAUAGUUGUGUUAACUUUGACUCCGAUAGAUUAGCGAGAAAGGAGUCUGGCUGUGGUAGUAAAUUUAGUGGCAUUGGUAGUAGCUCGGUGGACCGGUUGAAUUGGUUAGCUCGGGUAAAGCCGACUCAAAAGAGUUCAAGCUCGGUAUCAAUGGCUGACCUAGUCAGGGAGCUCGUUGGCCUGGUAAGGGUGGUCUGGAGGAUGGAGCCUCUCGGAGUCGAUUACGCAGAGUGA